UGGCACUGGGGCUGGGCAUUGCCUCGGCUCGUCCCCUGCCGUCCGAGCACGGCCCCGUCCCCUCUUCCCGGCGGGGACCGCUCUGGUCUUAGGGAUGAUGAAUGGAGCACCCGUGAAGCCUGGACGCCGCCGUUCCCAGCUGUGAAGAGCGCGGGGUGCCCGCUGGAGUGGGAGCUGGUGUCUGUCAGACGGGGCACGGCGUGCGGAGGGGAGGCCGGUGCCGGGCCGCCGUGGGUCCCGCAGCCCGGGCCGCGCUGGUGCGAGGUUCGCAUGCCGUGACAGGUGAACUGCGUGCGCAGGGAGCGCUCCGGGCCCCAGCGGGAGCUGGAAGAGCCGACACGCAGGCCUGUUAGUGCCCUCGGGAGGAGGCGAGCCUUAGGGAAGAACCAGCCUCUUACCUAUGUAUGUUAGAACGUCAAGCAGCACCAUGCAACUUGCCAAAGGAGCGUCUGUGAUAUAUGAAGUGCCAACUUUUUAUGGCUCAUCUGACAACAUGCACCACCGGUGGCUGCUGCUAGCUGCAUGCUUUUGGGUGAUAUUCAUGUUCAUGGUUGCUAGCAAGUUUAUCACAUUGACUUUUAAAGACCCAGAUGGCUAUGGUGCCAAGCAAGAGCCAUUGAUUCUGACAGCUGUGACAAAAGUGGAGGAGGUACAUGUGCCAGAGGAAAAACAUUGGCCUGAAGAAUUCCAGCCAACUGGAAAAGCUUUUUCAGGAAAUCUGAUCCGCCAACCCCUGGUUCAUAUGGAAAGACUUGAGCUUCUCAGGAAUGUCUGCAGAGACACUACAUUGAGAGAUCUCUCCCAUACUGCAGUUUCCAAAUUCGUGUUGGACAGAAUAUUUGUGUGUGACAAGCACAAGAUCCUGUUUUGUCAGACACCAAAAGUGGGCAACACUCAGUGGAAAAAAGUCUUGAUCGUUUUAAAUGGAGCAUUUUCUUCCAUAGAAGAGAUCCCAGAAAACAUUGUACAUGAUCAUGAGAAGAAUGGACUUCCACGCUUGUCCUCUUUCAGUGACUCUGAAAUUAAAAAACGACUGAAUUUAUACUUCAAGUUUUUUAUUGUUAGAGAUCCAUUUGAAAGACUUAUUUCUGCGUUUAAGGACAAGUUUGUGCACAAUCCUCGUUUUGAACCUUGGUACCGGCACGAAAUUGCUCCCGGCAUCAUUCGUAAGUACAGGAAGAACCGCACAGAGACCAAAGGGCUGCAGUUUGAGGAUUUUGUGCGCUACCUGGGGGACCCUAAUCACCGGUGGCUGGAUGUUCAGUUUGGUGACCACAUCAUUCACUGGGUAACAUACGUGGAACUUUGUGCUCCCUGUGAAAUCACAUACAGUGUGAUCGGACACCACGAAACCCUGGAGGACGAUGCACCCUAUAUCCUGAAAGCAGCUGGCAUAGACCACUUGGUGUCAUACCCCACAAUCCCCCCAGGCAUAACAGUGUACAACAGAACAAAAGUAGAGCGGUAUUUUUCAGGAAUUAGCAAGAGAGACAUAAGACGCCUCUAUGCACGAUUUGAAGGCGAUUUUAAACUCUUUGGUUAUCGUGAGCCUGAUUUCUUGCUUAACUGACACCUGGGAUAAGAUCUGAAAAAAUGUCUCGUGGAUUAAUCUAAACCUGUGUGAAUACCAGCUGCAACACUGGCAGAGCUGAGAAUGACCAUUUGUUUUCUAGCUUUUUGAUGUUGCUCCACUUUUCAGUGAAAUAUUUGUCAUAUGAACAACUAGGGGCUUAUAGCUGUUGUUUCCUGACUAUGUUUUCAGCACGUUAUUGCAAUCUGUUGGGAAUUAUGUCUCUGUUAUCGAAAGUACAGAAUUUGACUUCUCCCCUCUUCCCUCCAGGAAAAAAAGAGGGAGAACAAAUGGGCUAUGAUCUUCCUCUCCUCCCAGACAGAAUGCCAUUUUUGAAAUGUUAAGUAUUUGUAAAGGUGGCAGUUUCACUGUAGGUUAACCCUGACAUGUGGGUAAACAUAAUGAUUCCUGCUCAUGAGAAAGUCAUGUAGUCUCCCAUGAGCUUUGUAAAUCAGAGGCCAGUACAAGACUAGAAAUUAAUUAAAUGCUUGACAAAUAUAGUCAUCUAGGUUCUGUCAUGUGACUGCUACAAUAAUGCUGAUCUAAUCCCAUUCUUGUUUGUCAAAAAAAUGAACCUAAUUAUAAGCUUUUAGGGAUGUACAAAAAUGAACUGAUUUCACAUCCCAAAUGUCUCUGUGUUUUUGUCAAGUGUUUACUGUAUUUACUACUGGUGUAUUGAGCCUCAUAAUUCUACUUUUGAUUUUCAAGAGAUUAUUUAACUCCUGGCUAUGUAAGUUAUGUGAGAACACCAGCUGCAAGUGGAGCAUAGAAGAAAUAUGAAACUGGUAAGGAAACCGUUAAGGAAAAUUAAUUUAAGGUAUCAGUUGUAUUUGUGGGAGCACAUAGAAUAAUCACAAGAUGCUCUCACGCAAUUUAACUUGUCUUUUCUUCUAACAGUUAAGAUUAAUAAAGAAGUUACAAAAGCAAGAUGUCAUAUUAAAGAGCUGCUUACUUGGAUUCAAGAUCCACCUUUUUCUUGUAUCCAGCCUUGUUCUUAUAUCCAGUACCUCAGAGAAUGGAAAGUUUAUCCCCCUCUGAAAAUUCAUCUCCCUACUGCUAAAGCAGAGGAGACAAGAUGAAUCCCUGAUAUUUCCAGUGAUUCACUGCCAUGGUGUCCCAAGUCAAAAAUUACUAACAUUUAUGUUACUGAUGUGGUAAAUUAGCUAUUUGCCAAAAGCUUAAAUGUUGCCUAAAUUUGUGUACCCAUUUUAUGCGUUAAAAAGAAAAAGAACUGAAUUGGGUGGAUGCAGUCAUCAUAUUUGCUUUUGCUUGUAUUUUGUCUUAUAAAGAGCAGUCUCUUGUCUGACUUCACCAGCAAUAAAAAUCAGUGUGCUGCUAGAGGAGAGAUAGACCAAAUAUCUGAAAUACAGGAAUUACCCUGUCAUAGUGAGCAUGUGAACUGUAUUUUUUAAAUCAUAGUGCCAAAAGAUUUAUUUUCAGAUCAGCAUAAUGUUGCUGGCUAGAAAUACUAAUGAUGGCCAGUGCUAUGGAAUCUGUUUUUAAUCCAGCCACUGUAUGUUUUUGAUAGCUUUCUGUAUUAACACAAGGCAGCAUCUUGCACUUGUGUAAAAGGAAAGCUGUGCCAAGCUGACAUGUGGUGCUACCCACAAACAGGAAGCCCUGUUGUAGGUGGAAGUGAUUUCAGAAAGAUCUCAACAAAUGAACUGAAAUAAAGGAGAAUCAUUAACUGGGCAUUGUUAGCAAGAGAAUAAUCCAGGGUGGCAAAGUUGGAAGGUAGGAUAUUCUUUCAGGUUGGUUUGUUUUGGUUUUUUUAACAAUUACAGUGCCCUAACUUGUUAGUUCAUAACCAAUGAUAAAAAGAUGUUAACAGCUCCAGGUUUUUCUGUGGUUUUCUUAAUAUGGAAACUUAGCAAAAUGCACUGAUAAAUGCAUUUUGGAGCUAAUAACCUGAUUGAUUACCUUGCUGCCAGUUUGAAAUGUAACAGUGAAUAAUGUAUAGUAAAUUCAGGCCUUAAAGUUUAAUAAAGUAGAAUUGUUUUUCCUCUGAAAGUGUAA